AAUAAUAAUAAUAAUACAAUUUAAAAAAAGAACUUUGUACUGACUGCAUUUUAUACACUUAUUUACUUACUUGCACUUUAUAACACAAUAAUAAAAAUAAAAAUACAAAUAAAAAAACAACAACUUUGUACUGACUUGCAUUAUGUCCAUGUUUGCAGGUUGCCAUGCCGUGCGUGCAGACCCAGUGCGGCUCCUCUCCACAAGGAGCCAGCAUGGCCUCUCAGAGCUCCGCUGGAGACUUCCUCACUCCGGAGUUUGUCAAGUUCAGCAUGGAGCUCACCAACAGUGAAAUCUCCCAUGCAACAUCUGGUCCCAGUAGUUUUGGUCCUUUGGGUGACUCUGGGUACGACGUGAAGCCUCCAUGUCUCUUCCAAAUGCCCGUGCAAGGUGAGCUCUCGUGCGUAAAGGUGGAGGAUGCGCACGGGUGUCCAAGGUACCAACCCAACAUGCACCAAUCCGACGAGCUGGGCUCAGUUUAUUAUUACUCUCCAUCACCAUCCAACUUUCAAACUCCACCUGCACACAUAUGGGAGGAUUCCAGCUCUUUGUACAGUUUCCGACAAGACUAUUUGGCUGCAGCGCACAGGAAAAACACCCUAUCCAGAUUUCCUCAUCCUCUCCAGUUCGCCCACCACGGCCACCACUUCAUGGACUACCAGACUUCUUCUUGCGCUCCCAGCAGCCGCGGAGCUCUGCAGAGCUCGGAGGGUCUGUGCGCGGUGUGCGGAGAUAACGCAGCCUGUCAGCACUACGGAGUACGCACCUGCGAGGGCUGCAAGGGCUUCUUCAAGCGCACGGUACAAAAAAACGCCAAAUACGUGUGUUUGGCUGCCAAAAGCUGCCCUGUGGACAAACGCAGGAGGAACCGGUGCCAAUACUGUCGCUUCCAGAAGUGCAUGACAGUGGGAAUGGUCAAAGAAGUGGUGAGAACAGCCGGUCUGAAAGGUCGAAGAGGUCGCCUGCCGUCCAAACCUAAAACUCAUCCGGACUCGUCUUCACCUGUCGGCACCCUCCUGAGCGCCCUCAUCAGGGCGCACGUGGAAUCAAACCCUCCACCUUCUCGCCUUGACUACUUCAAAUUCAAGGAGAGUCCAGGAAGCCCACAAGGGGACGACGCUCAGCACGUGCGUCAGUUUUAUGAACUCUUGACCAGAUCGAUGGAGGUCAUUCGAGGCUGGGCGCUGAAGAUCCCGGGCUUCACCUCCCUGCCCAAACACGACCAGGACCUCCUCUUCUACUCGGCUUUCCUGGAGCUCUUUGUUUUACGGCUGUCGUACAGAUCCAACCCGGAGGAAGGGAAGCUGAUCUUCUGCGACGGGUCGGCGUGGCACCGGCUCCAGUGCCUGCGGGGCUUUGGGGAGUGGAUCGACAGCAUCGUUGAAUUCUCCACCAAUCUGCAGAGGAUGAACCUGGACGUGUCCACCUUCUCCUGCAUAUGCAGCCUCGCUCUGGUCACCGAGCGACACGGACUGAAGGAGCCAAAGAGAGUGGAGGAGCUGCAGAACAACAUCGUCAAGUGCUUGAAGGACGCCGACGGACUCUCAGACUGCUGGUCGAACCGUUUGUCCAGACUUUUGGAAAAACUGCGUGAACUUCGCACCCUGUGCAUCCAGGGUCUGCAGAGGAUUUUCUAUCUGAAGCUGGAGGAUUUGGUGCCGCCGCCUGCAAUAAUAGAUAAGUUAUUCCUCGACACGUUGCCAUUUUAGAGACAUGAGGGAAUACACAUGGGGACGCUUUUCCUUUGAUUUAAUCCGGACAGUUUGACAUCUGUGCACUGCAUAAAAAGACAUUUUGAAAUCUGAUAUUGAGUUGUUAAAUCACAUUUUCCUCAAAACAAGUAAAAAUUAGAAUGAAAACUAAAUUAUUUAAAGAAUUGUGAUCAUUUACUGGUAAUUAUUCAUAAUAUAAAGUGAUCUGCUUUGCAAAAUCUGGAUUAUGCGAUAAUCUAAAGGACCAAUUUUAUUACUGUCUGCAAGAAAUUAAUAUAAUUUGAAUUUACUUUAUCUUAUUUUUACAAUGUGAUUUUCCUGUCAUGCCAAACUGAUUGACUGUAAGUAAAUUAUAUGUUCAACCCAUUUUACACCAUUUACACACACACAUAUAUAUAUAUAUAUAUAUAUAUAUAUAUAC